AUGUUGGGGAUCUUCAGUAGUUCCGUGGUGUCGCCGCCCGAGGAGCUGGUGGCCGCCGGCAGCAGAACGCCGUCGCCCAAGACGACUGCGGGGAAGCUGCUGAAGCGGUUCGUGGAGAGCAAGGCAUCGGCGGUGUCGCUGCAGGUGGGGGAACACGUGCAGUUGGCUUACACGCACCACAGCGAGUCACCGUGGCAUCCCAGAUCAUUUGCUGUUAAGGAUGAAAUAUUCUGCUUGUUUGAGGGGGCUCUCGACAAUUUGGGCAGUCUGAGACAACAGUAUGGACUGGCCAAGUCAGCCACUGAAGUGAUUUUGGUGAUUGAAGCUUACAAAGCUUUGCGUGAUCGAGCACCCUACCCUGCCAAUCGUGUUGUAUGCCACCUCAGUGGGAGUUUUGCUUUCAUAGUUUUUGACAAAUCCACUUCUACCCUCUUUGUGGCUUCUGAUCAAGCUGGUAAAGUUCCUCUCUAUUGGGGAAUCACAGCUGAUGGAUACGUAGCUUUUGCUGAUGAUGCAGAUUUGCUUAAAGGUUCUUGUGGCAAGUCGCUUGCUUCUUUCCCUCAAGGAUGUUUCUACUCUACUGCAGUUGGAGGAUUGAGAUGCUAUGAGAAUCCAAAGAAUAAGAUUACUGCAGUACCUGCUGAGGAAGAGGAAAUCUGGGGUGCAACUUUCAAGGAGGUUAACCUCACAGUAGGUGGUAUAAAGGGAAUUGUAAGGUACAAGGUCUGUGGCCUUGGUGGAGGGGUCAGCAGUUAUUGCAGCCACAGAGUAGAAGAUCCAUCAAAAGAUAGAAGUGCGAACGGUGGAAAAGUUUAUUAUGGUCUAGUUUGUUCCUUAGAUAGGGUUUAUUCUGUUUCUCGUGUACAGUUGCGCUUUCUAAUUUCAAUUACAACAGCUAGUAUGGAUCAAAACCAAAAUGGACAACCAGGAAAAGGGAUUGUUGGUUCAGCAUCAGCACAAGAAGCACGUGGCAAGAAGCAAUAUGAAUCCUACCCCAUGAUACCACCCUCGACCAAUCCUCCUAUUCAGAUGGUUGGUCCUUCUGCUCCUUCAUCCUAUCCAGGAGAUUAUGCUCUCCAAUGCAUGGACCCACACCAGCAACAGGAGGUGCAGUUGCAGGAAAAACUCAAGAGCUUUUGGGCAAAACAGCAGCAGGAGAUUGAGGAGAACACUGAUUCGAAGACUCCUAGCGUGCCUCUGUCAAGGAUUAAGAAGAUCAUGAAGAGUGAUCCAGAUGUGAGGUUGGUUUCAGCUGAGUCUACUGCGGUGUUUGCCAAGGCCUGUGAACUGUUCAUUAUGGAGCUCACACUGAAGGCUUGGGCUAACGCUGAGGACAACCAUAGGAGGACACUUAAGAAGUCUGACAUUGCAGCUGCAAUCUCAAAGACUGAUGUGUUUGAUUUUCUUGAAGACAUUGUCCCCACUAAGGAUGGCACCGACAAAACGGUGAAUCGAUUCCUUGCAGCCACUGCUCCAACUCCAGCUCCAGCAGAGGCUGUUCCGUACUCUUGUGUGCCACCUCCUCAGCAUGUUGCAAGCCCUGCACCACCAUUUGCUGCUCCACCAACUCUUCAUCAACUUCCUCAUGGGCCGCAGACCUAUCCUCCAAUUCCAGAUCCAACAGGUCCCAUCCCUAAUGAGGAAAAUCCUUCUCCUAAUUUAGAUGAUUGA